AUGUUGGUGCCAGCGUGGCUUGCGUACACUCUCAGAGGGCUCCCAAGGAUCUGCUUUUACACCAUUUCUGAAGAGGAGCAAGACACAAUACAGAAGAGGUCUGUCAUGCUCAACUUGCACAGCUUACAGAUGCCCUUUUCCAAUGCCUGGAAGUAUGGGAUCCUGGCAUUAGCCAUCCUCUUGUUCCUGGUGGCCUUGGCCAUCUUAACUUGCCAGAUGUGUCAGCUCCAGAAACACAACAGGACUGGAAAAAAGAAGAGAUGCCACAGCGAAGGCUGGGUUAGGAUAAAAGCAGAGACCGGCAUUUGGGGGAAGAAAACACCACCUCUUCUGCAUGACACCACUAAGCAGAGCAAUGCAGAUAUCAAGGCAAGGACACCGAUGCUAGGGCGAAGUCGAGAGCCACACAGUUUCUUCUCCACUUCCAACCUCAGCAGUAGGAGCAGCAAUUUGGGGCCCCUGCCCCGCUCCUGGGGAACACUGAAGUUCUCCCUCCUCUACUGCAGAGAGCAAUGUGAGCUGCUUUUGACUGGCCUGGAGGUCUGGGGGCUGCCUAGCCAUGGGUGUGCUGAGUCCACCAUCCAGGUCUGACUGCUGAGGCAGGUCCCGUCCCACAUCACCAGGCUCCAGUGUGUGGUCCAGGAGCGGAAAAGCCAGGUGGUGAAAAACUGCAGCAGGCCAGCCUUUUGGGACCACUUUGUCUGCUCCCUGCAGGAUGCCAAGGUGCAGAAGAGCACCCUGAAGCUGGAGGUUCAAUGGUUCAACAAAUUCUCCAGAAAUGCUGCGCUGGGGGAAGUCAGGGUCACCCUGAGUGAGCUAAAGGCCUCCCAAAGCUUGGGGUGUGAAGAGCUGCAGAAGACUACAAAGGACAUUGUGGGAGAAGUGCUUGUGUCGCUGAAGUGGCUUCCCAUCUCUCAGAGGAUAGAGGUUGGGCUGCUCAAGGCAAAAACUACAUCCCCUUGAAGCACUGCAGACGCAAUAUCCUUUCUCAAUGUUUCCUGCAGAUGCCACAGAAAAAAGCACCAGAAGUCCAGGCCACAGGCCCACACACCGUUCAUCAUCUUCAACCACGCUUCCCUCUUCCACUUGCCUGAGCCUCCAGCAUGGGGCUGCAUGGUCCUGGUCUCCAUUUAUGAAGUGGACUCAGACCUCAGGCAUCUCAUUGGACAGGCCACCCUGGGGAAGAGAAGAGCGAGCAAAGCAGCUGACCACUGGGACCUCAUGAGAAAGUCCAUCCAGCAGCCUGUAGCUAAAUGGCAUCCUCGUUUAGAGGGGAGGUUUCUGCAACAGUUGAACGUGGUGAAUCUGGCCAGAUUUUCUUUCACAGAGAAGCUGUCAUGGUUUAACCCCAUGGGUUAA